AUGGGGCUCAGAGAGGACCUAAUAGAACAGAUCGUCCAUCCAGACCCGCAAAACUCAGAUAAGCUACUUCAUGAUCUUAAUCUCGCUGGGCUACCGUCGCGCGAGCAAGUGCUCAAGGACAUUGAAGAGAAGCUACUCUUGCCACCAACCAAGCUUCCGGACCACUGGCUGUCUACCUACCAGAUACAUUGGCAGCAUGAGACAUCUAUACCAUCGCUCUUGAGCUUCCAGCCCUCUCCUCCGCCUACAAGUCUCGCGUUCGUCCGUUCCGGGAUCCAGGGACGCGUAACUGGAUACACAGAGAUCCCCAAUCCUCGUACCAACCUCACCGCUAUCACGUCCACAUCCUUGGAUCGAGCGCCGGGACCAUCAUCGAGCUUUGUCAGGGGCAAGUCAGGGCACGUACCCUUCUGGCCUGGUGGACUGGACGACGUUCUGCUGACGGCAGAGCCUGGUCAGGCGCAAGACCCAACAAAAGGCUUACGGACGGUUGCACCUGGUCUAUCUAGAGGGCUUCGUCUGCCAGGAGAGGAGGUCGAUGACGAUCUGUUCGAUCUCGUUCCAGAAAACGAGGAACUGAAUGGAGCAAUCCCGUCUACCAGGGAAGCCACCGACAUAGAUGAGUUGCUCCCAACGACACGGUCUAAACGACUUACACAAUCGCCACAGCGAUCUCAUUUACGGCCGGCUAAGAGAAACCAGCGCGCGAAGAAAACCACGGCAGUCAAACGUGAUUGGGCACAUGUCGUGGACAUCAAUAAGCCCAUGACGAACUUCCACGAGCUUGUACCGGAGAUGGCCCAUAAGUACCCGUUUGAACUGGAUACAUUCCAGAAGGAGGCGGUGUACCACCUUGAGAUGGGAGACUCUGUCUUCGUCGCUGCUCACACUUCCGCCGGCAAAACGGUCGUGGCAGAAUACGCAAUCGCCUUAGCAGAAAAGCAUAUGACUCGGGCGAUCUAUACGUCACCGAUUAAGGCAUUGUCCAAUCAGAAAUUCCGCGACUUCAAGCAAACCUUCUCGUCCUCCUCUGUUGGUAUCCUGACUGGAGAUGUACAAAUCAACCCCGAGGCCAGCUGCCUCGUCAUGACGACAGAAAUCUUGCGGAGUAUGCUGUAUAAGGGCGCAGACCUUAUCCGCGACGUUGAGUUUGUUAUCUUCGACGAGGUCCAUUACGUCAACGACGCUGAGGUACCCCCUUUUGCUUGUACAUUAAGUUCACCGUUCAUUCACCACCUGCAGCGAGGCGUGGUAUGGGAGGAAGUUAUAAUUAUGCUUCCGGACCAUGUAAACAUCAUCCUUCUGUCCGCUACGGUCCCUAACACUAAGGAAUUUGCUGACUGGGUUGGUCGGACCAAGAAGAAGGACAUAUAUGUGAUUUCGACUGCUCAGCGGCCCGUCCCAUUGGAGCAUUAUUUGUACGCCGGCAGAGAUACGUUCAAGAUCGUCGAUGCAUCUCGUAAGUUCCUAUCUCAAGGGUACAAAGAAGCUGGGGAAGCUCUUCGGCGGAAGCAGGAUAAAGAACGAGAGGCCGCGGGUCUCGCUCCUGUCCAGCGUGUUGGCGCGCGAGGUGCUGCGGCCCGUGGUGGCCAGCGGGGCGGCGGGCCCAACCGCGGCGGCGGAGGCGGCAGAGGGGGACCGCCGCGGACCAUUAACACCGGGAUGGACAAGAACCUUUACGUUCACCUCCUUAGUCAUCUCCAGAAGAAAGCGCUUCUGCCGGUUGUGGUGUUCACGUUGUCGAAGAAGCGCUGUGAGGAGAAUGCAUCGACGUUGACAAACGCCAAUCUUUGCAACGCAGUGGAGAGGAGUGAGGUCCAUGUUGCGAUCGAGAAGGCAAUCUCUCGGUUAAAAGGCACUGACAAAAAAUUGCCACAAAUUGCAAGGAUGCGCGAUCUCCUUUCACGCGGCAUAGGCGUUCAUCAUGGUGGUUUACUACCUAUUGUCAAAGAGGUACGGUCCAUGUCUUUUCUACCGCUUCUAUGGGUUGUAGAGAUCUUAUUCGCACGUGGCCUGGUCAAAAUCUUAUUUGCCACGGAAACCUUCGCUAUGGGAGUGAACAUGCCGGCUAAAUGUGUUGUAUUCUCUGGCAUCCGGAAGCACGAUGGAAAGAGCUUCCGUGAUAUUUUACCAGGAGAGUAUACCCAGAUGGCUGGCCGUGCUGGUCGGCGUGGGCUCGACCCUACCGGCACGGUCAUUAUUGUCACCCAGAAUGAACUUCCUGAGCAAACGGCACUUCAACAUAUGAUGCUCGGCGUCCCCGCCAAGCUUUCGUCACAAUUUAGGUUGACAUAUAAUAUGAUACUGAACUUGCUUCGCGUGGAGGCACUGCGAGUGGAAGAAAUGAUCAAGCGCAGUUUCUCGGAGAAUGCGUCGCAGCGCCUUUUACCAGACCAGCAGAAGAAGGUUGUUGAGCACGAGAAAACUCUGUCUGCCAUGCCCACACUGGACUGUGAUAUCUGCCUAACGGAUAUUGAAGAGUUCUACGACACAUCGGAGGCGGUCAUCAGCUACAAUCAGGCCAUGCUCUUGUUUGCGGCGAGUAGUCCCACCAAUGCAAAUCUGUUUGCUUCUGGUAGGGUCAUCAUCCUGCGGGACUCCAAGUAUAGGACGAAUAAUGCGGCACUGCUUCUUAAACCUGAUUUGACUCAACCUACUAGUUCAGGCAGGAUGUUCUUCGCCUUGGUUCUUGUAAAUGGUUCGCAUACUGGGCCCACAAAAGUUAAAGAUGAGCUACCGGUGCCGCCACUGUGGCCACCAACUCCAAACUCUGUCGCUGUGGAGAAUGCAACGUAUGAAUUGACAAGUGUGUCGAUCACGAGUAUCGCUCUGCUCACACAGCGCAUAAUCAAGGCAAAUGGAGUCGAACCAUUGGAAAUUAUUGACAGGCAUCGCAUCUCUCACAUGAAGGAAGCUAUUAAUCAACUACGAGAGUUAGUGGACGGCUGGAUACGCGCAGGCUCUAUACCCGAAGUGGAUUGGAAUCGCCUGCGUGCGCUGGAUUUCCAGGAGAGCAUGCGGACAAGGAAUGACCUGGCAAGUCGGUGCAAGGACACGGAGUGCACGUGCAAAGGGUGUCCACAAUUCGCCGAGCAUUACCACAUUCUCCAUGCACAAAAGGUACUCAAAGCGAACAUCGCGAUGCUGAAGAUGGCUAUUUCGGAUCAAAAUCUGGAGCUCAUCCCAGACUAUGAGCAGCGCAUCGAAGUACUCAAGGAGUUGCAGUUCAUCGAUGAAAACUCCACGGUUCUACUGAAGGGCCGUGUCGCAUGUGAAAUUAAUUCCGUGAACGAGCUCGUUCUCACAGAGCUGAUCCUUGAGAACACGCUCGCUGCCUACGAACCGGAGGAAGUAGUGGCGCUACUUUCCUGUUUUGUUUUCCAAGAGAAGACGGACAGCGAGCCUGUGAUCCCGCCGAAACUCGCAGAAGGACGGGAUGCGAUCAUUGCCAUAAGCGACAGGGUUGGACGGGUGCAAGAUCGAAAUAAAGUUGCCGCCGAGGAAUUCCGUUCGAAUCUCAAGUUUGGCCUGAUGGAGGUGGUGUAUGAGUGGGCCAAGGGAAUGCCGUUCGAGCAAAUCACAUCCCUCACUGACGUGGCUGAAGGGACGAUUGUACGGGUGAUCACUCGGCUAGAUGAGACGUGUCGGGAAGUCAGAGAUGCGGCUCGGGUAAUCGGUGACGCUGAUCUGUUCAAGAAGAUGGAGGAGGCGCAGCUCAAGAUCAAGAGAGACAUCGUGUUUGCUGCUAGUUUGUACUUCUAA